AUGCCGAAAGUUUGCCCGUCAAUGUGUUACGCGACUGCCAAAGAAAUCUCUGUGACCGCAGCCCCUACCAACCACGCUGAAGGUAAACGAACUUUUAUUACAAUUCGUGAUAUUUCUUUCUUUUUUUGAGAGUAGCCUUCUCUAGUUGGUGGUUUGCAUCACACACUGAAGAAAAAAGGUAAAGAAUCUUACAUGUAUUUUCCUCCCACAGAUACUGUGUGUAUACAGUCAGAGAGUGUGAUAUCACGAACAGUUUCACUGAAGAACAGCAGACGAAGAAAAUUCAUCACUACAUUCUCUGCAAAAAGCGUGACUGCUUGGGUGUGUCUCAAGAAGAAAGAGCACGCAUCAAAACAACCAAAAAGAAGCAGAUGUUUAAUCACAGCCUUAUCUUUAAUAAAGGAUUUGGCCUAUAGCCCUAAAAAGUACAGAUGUGGUGGCUCGUUUACAUCGAAGGAGAAGGUCAAUACUGUCUGAUCUGCAAGAAGUUUGAUUCAAGAAUCCCCAAAACAAAAAGGAAUUUUUUCUGCAGAACCAAGCACAAGGUUAAAGAAAGAUUGCCUCGAGGAGCACAUUGCAACAAAGAGACACAAAGAUGCAAUCACUGCCAUUCUUAUGAACAGGUUCUCAGUUUUUUCCAGAAAGAGCUCGAUCAUAAUGCUGAAGUUCAGGUUGAUGUGUAUGAAAGAGUUUUCUAUUGCCUUUACUGGUUGGCAAAGGAGGAUAUAGCAAAUGUCAAGGUUAAGAGUCUGUUAAAGUUGGUUUGCGAAGCUGGGGUGUGAUAUGAGUGGCUUUAAUCACAUCAGUAGGUUCCUUUCGCAACAUGUUGCUUCUUCUUGGUGAAAUGAUUCAAAAUGAAGUCAUUUCUGCUGUAACUGGGCCAUUUGGGGUGAUGGUUGAUGACAUGACUGACAUUGCAAAUUUGGAGCAAAUGAUUGGUUUCAUCCAGUAUUAUAACAGGGGUAGCGAAAAGGUUGAGGUGAAAUUUUUGUGUUUGGAAAAUGUUCUCGCCAGCUCUGACGCAGCAGAUUCUUUAACCAUCACAAGCAUCCUUCUGGAAGUCAUUGAGAAACACAGUCUCAAUUUUGACUGGUUUAAAAGCUUUGUGUCAGAUGGAGCAAGUGUCAUGGUGGGAGAAAGGUCAGGUGUAGCUACCAGGCUGAAAGCAGAUGAAAGAAUCCAGUCGUUAAUAUCUGUCCACUGUGUUUGUCACAAACUAGCGCUGGCGUGUACCGACACUUUAAACGAUCUUGCCACAAUAAAGAAGAUGCAGAACACACUAAACACCCUUUGGCAACUCCUUGACAACUCGAACAAGAAGACAGCCAUUUUCCUGAAAGUUCAACUUGAGGUGAGUGAAAUAACUCUCUCAAACAAGAAUUCGCAGAAGAAGAUAGCUAAGAAGCUGAAGAAGGCCUGUCAGACACGAUGGCUGUCAUUUAACGCUGCCGUUCAAUCCGCUUGGGAGAGCUUCUCUGCCAUCAUCCAGUUCCUUAUCAGGAUGAAAGAUGAGGACCCCACAUGCCAGGGCCUGUUAGUUCAAAUGAACAACGUCCGCUUCCUGGCUUGUUUGUAUGUUUUAAAGCAUGUGCUUCCUGUUCUUGACAACCUGUCAAAAUCGUUUCAGCAUUCUACUGUCAAUUUCAGUCACCUUAAACCAGAAAUUGUUCGUGCUAAGGCAGCGCUGGAUGAAGUGGCAACCAAAGAAGUCCCCAUCAAGCAAUUUUGCCAAGAUAUCAAGGAAGGAAAGAUGGUGCUGCUGCAGUUUUCCCCUUCUGAGCAUCAGCUUGCAUCCAUGCGAAAUUUGUUGCUCAAGUAUGUCUCUGCUUUGAAGGAAAACAUCGACCUGAGGUUUUAG